UGAAAAAAAACCGAGUUUUUUAGGUCAUUAUUUAUCUAUGUAAAAGGCAUCUCAAUGGAUGGAUUCAAUAAGCUUUCAGAUAGUACUGAAAAUGCUAGCAUGAACAAUAUUUCCUCUCAAAAUGGUGCAUUUUCUUCAGGGAUUGUUUUAGACAGUAACUCUGAAAAUAUGGUGCUAAAUGAAUUACCACUUGAACCGCCAUCUGAACCGCCACCUGAACCACCGCCUGAACCACCACCAUUACCUCUUUCUUAUCCUCCACCAUUACCUAAAGAAGUUACGGCAUUAUGCUCAGAUGGUUUUAAACAGCCGUUUUCUUCUAUUGAAAAUUUUAGUGGUAAAGCAUUUUCUUCUGGAGCAAUCGAAUAUGAUGGGUUUAAUAAAGCUGUAAAUUGUUCUGCAGGUGCUUUUUUUCCAGAAAUUCCUAGAUCUACGUCAGAGAUUGUCCCUAAGAAUGGUGCAAUUCCAAAAGCAGAAAAAAGAGAGCCUUUAUCUAUUGAAGAGUUAGUUAAGAAGAAAAAAGAAGCAGCUGCUAUGAAUCGACCAAAGUUUUUAACUCGGGAACAACGUGAAGCAAUUGCUCUUGAAAAGCGUCGUUUGGAAGUUGAAAAGCGCCAACAAAUUGGAAAAACAGAUAUUAUAAGAAAGUAUUCGUUAAAAGACUCUCAGGAUAAUCUUAGUGGAAAGGAAAAAGAUGGGCGUUAUUUAAAUCGGAAUAAAAUGAUUCCUACUGAGCCAAAGGCUAUGAGAAAAGAACAAGAUGCUUUGGCAAAGCAAGCUGCCGAACUGUUUAAAUCAUCAAAGAAUCAAGAAGCUAAAGCUGAAAUGACACCUGAGGAAAAAGAAGUCGAGGAUAUUCGGAAAAGAUAUUUGGGAACAGGGGAUAACAAGAAAAAAAAGCGUAAGACAAGUGAAAGAAAGUUUGUGUUCGAUUGGGAUAAUACAGAAGAUACUUCAUCCGAUGUUAAUCCAAUAUAUUUGAAUAGACAUAGUGCUCAAUUUUUAGGUCGAGGAAGAUUAGGUGGUUUUGAUGAUAAAAGUAAUAAUCACUAUACGAAUUCAUUUAUUGAUAUGCUCGUACGUUCUGGUAAUGAUGAAGAUAAAAACAGGGCUAAACAAUUGAUGGAUAUGGAAUAUAAGAAAAGUACUAGAAUUAGUUGGGAUGACAAACAUUGGUCAGAAAAGCCUUUGGAGCUCAUGAAAGAAAGAGAUUGGCGUAUAUUUAAAGAAGAUUUUAAUAUUUCUUCGAAAGGUGGGUCUAUUCCAAACCCUAUACGUAAUUGGAAAGAGUCUGGAUUACCAAAAAUUAUUCUUGAUAUGGUUGAAAUAGUGGGAUAUAAAGAGCCUUCUCCGAUACAAAGAGCAGCUAUUCCUAUUGGUUUGCAGAAUCGUGAUAUUAUUGGUAUUGCGGAGACAGGCUCCGGAAAAACUGCAUCAUUUGUGCUUCCUAUGCUUGUAUAUAUUUCUACGCUUCCUCCACUUGAUGAAUAUAAUAAGAAUGAUGGUCCUUAUGCUAUCAUUUUAGCUCCUACGAGAGAAUUGGCUCAACAAAUUGAAAGUGAAACAAAGAAGUUUUCCGAACCAAUGGAUUUUGUGUGUGUAUCAAUUGUGGGAGGUCAUAAAAUUGAGGAGCAAGCGUUUAAUUUAAGAGACGGUGUGCAUAUUGUAAUUGCAACUCCUGGGCGGUUAUUGGAUUGUCUCGAAAGGCAUGUUUUAGUACUGAGUCAAUGUGCAUAUAUUGUUCUUGAUGAAGCAGAUCGCAUGAUUGAUAUGGGCUUUGAGGAGACAGUAAAUAAGCUUUUAGAUGCAUUACCUGUACACAAUCAGAAACCUGAUAAUGACGAUGCAGAAAAUCCUGUGUUGAUGUCUAAAAUAAUAGGAGGUAAAGAGCGAUUUCGACAAACAGUUAUGUUUAGUGCUACGAUGCCUCCUGCUGUAGAAAAACUUGCAAAAAAAUAUCUGCGUCGACCGGCAAUUGUGACCAUUGGGAAUGCUGGACAAGCAGUUGAUACAGUUGUACAGAUUGUUGAAAUGAUGAAUACAGAAGAUAAGAAAAGACGAAGAUUAGAAGAACUUCUUAAUAGUAAUGAUUAUAAUCCACCCGUAAUUAUCUUUAUCAAUCAGCGUCGUAGUUGCGAUGCUUUGGCCAAGUCACUUGCUCGUAUUGGUGUACUUUUCAUCAUUUUUGUAGCAAGUAUAUUAAUCAAUUGUAGUGGAAUGCGGUUACAUUGCAUGGAGGGAAAAGCCAAGAACAACGUGAAGCUGCUCUCGCACAGCUUCGUUCUGGCGAAGCUGAUUGUUUAGUGGCUACCGAUCUUGCUGGAAGGGGUAUCGAUGUUGCCGAUGUGUCUCUCGUAGUAAACUUUAAUAUGGCUAAAACCAUUGAAGAUUAUACUCAUAGGAUUGGACGCACUGGGAGAGCCGGGAAGUCUGGCACUGCAAUUACCUUUUUAACCCCAGAAGAUACUGACAUAAUGUAUGACCUCAAACAAACCAUUAGUAAAAGUAGCAUCUCUAAAGUACCCGAUUGGUUACGGAUGCACGAGGCUGCACAGAGAAAGCAGGAUAAGCAGCCCGCUAAAAAGACAGCAGACGAAUUAUUAUUUCAAAUUCCGUCUGGUAGAUGGUAUUAGCUUUAAUUGGUCUCAAAGUAUAUUUAUUUAUUCCUUCUUAUUCUACCUUUUCUGGUCUUGGG